AUUCUCGUCGCGUAUAAAAGAUCGGUUAAGAUAAAAAAUUGUAACUUAAGUUCAUUCUUGGUGAUUUCUGUUUAGUGGACUUCUACGAUGAGGAAUUUCUUUAUUCUGUUAAUUUAUUUUAACAUUUCUUGGUUAAAUGCAGACCCUUUAGUGAAAAUGUCGCAGGGAAUAUUGAAGGGUGUUACCAAGAAAACGAGAGAUGGAAGAAAUUAUUCUUCUUUCCUCGCGAUACCAUACGCAAAACCCCCAAUUGGAAAUUUAAGAUUCAGUAAUCCGGUUGCAGCAGAGGGUUGGAAUGGAGUUCGAUUAGCACAUACAGAUGCAGAUCAAUGUACCCAGCAAGUUGAUAGCGAAAUACAGGGAAGUGAAGAUUGCCUGUAUUUGAAUAUUCAUUCUCCAUGGUUAAAUUUCAAUUCACCGAAAAGCGAAACAAAAAAUUCUAAGCUGUUACCAGUUAUGGUUUGGAUCCAUGGAGGAGCUUUCGUAAGAGGAAAUAGUAGUUUGUUGAAUGCUGGUGGAGCUUACCUUCUCGACAAGGAUAUUGUGCUUGUAACUCUGAACUAUCGAUUAUCCAUCUUUGGCUUUUUCAGUACAGGAGAUACGGCAGCACCAGGUAAUUUUGGAUUAAAAGAUCAGGUUCUUGCACUAAAGUGGGUUCAGAAAAACAUCAUACUUUUUGGAGGAGAUCCAAAACAAGUCACAUUAUUUGGUGAAAGUGCUGGCGGCGCAAGUGUUUCUCUGCAUGCUAUUUCAAAAGCAAGUGAUGGUCUCUUUCAUCAGUAUAUUAUUCAAAGUGGCAGUUCACUGUGUCCGUGGGCAUAUCAAAAACGCAGUAGACUUGCCAAACAUGCAAAAAAAGUUGCAAGAAUUGUUUGGUGUCAUUUUAAACAAACAGAAAAACUUGUUGCCUGUCUAAAAAAAAAAAGUGUGAAGAAAUUAAUGAAGACAAUUCGUACAUUCGAUAAACUUUCCCGAUUUUCCCAAGUGACUUGGACGCCAACCGAUGAACCUAUAACUGAUGGAGCUUUCUUAACAGAUAGCCCAGCAAAUUUAAUUAAACAAAAUAAAAUGAAGGAUUUACCACUCAUGACUGGUCAAGUAGCUGACGAAGGAUUAUUAAUGACUAAGUAUCUAUAUAGAAGCUCCAAACCUUAUGAUCUACUCAGAGUAGCUCAUUUUCCACUAAUAGCAUAUACCGCAAAGUCUUUCUUUGAUUCUAAACAAGCAAUUAAAUUUACAAAAGCUGUAGAUAAAUAUUAUUUCAAGAGCUCUAUAUAUAAAUUAUCACGAAGCCAGUACCUAGAAGCUUUAACCAAAUUCAUUAGCGAUGGGUUUUUCCUUUAUCCGGAAGUAAGAUUAUUAGAAACUAUAGAGCCUAAGAGGAAAAAUCCUAUUUAUUUUUAUUCCUUCAAUUAUCGAGGAACUUACAGUCGUAAUGCCAAUAAAGAUCAUAAAAACCUUGGAGUCGGCCAUGGUGACGAACUUUCAUAUUUAUUUCCGGAACCACCAGCAAGAUUUGAAUCUGCACAUUUGAAUUAUGCUAAGAGCGACGAAUAUAUAAUUGAUUUAAUGGUGGAUCUUUGGACAUCGUUUGCAAUAAAUGGAAAACCUAUAUCAAAGAAGUUAGAUCAUCCUAAUCUGUGGGUUCCCUAUACUACAAAAACUAAAACCUUCCUUGAGAUUGGAGACAUCAACAAGAAAAUGGAUCGAAAAGUGACGUUAUCAAAUUCCUAUUACACUGAGCGAAUGGAUUUUUGGAGGCAAGCAUUACCAAAAGUGUUGUAACCAAUUGAAAAUAUUUAACAUAUUAAAUAUUUGUAUUACCAAAUCA